AACUCGUUCGCUUCCGCGCGCGCAUUAACUCCCCCUCUUCUCUUCUCUUCCCCUCGCCAUCCCGUCUCCACUCUCCACUCUCCCUGUCGCUCUCCCGCUCCGAUCCGACGUCCCCCGUCUUCCUCUGCAACUGUGCAGCGUACCAACGUCGCUGCCGCCGCACCAGCGUUUUACUACCGUCGUAUUAAACCGGCCGUCGACCUCGCAGUCGCAGCAGGGAGUGGGCGCGCUGUGCUCGGAUGCUCUUUGCCCCCCACGCCACGAUAAUCAAUCCGGAACCCUGCUCUGCUCUGCUCAUAUAAUGCUCAUGCCGCCGCGUUCUCGACUGUUGCAUGUAGCUAGGUAGGUGGCGGGCAUGACAGAAGUCCGAGGGAAGAUGAUGGACCGGGGUGCAGAGGCGGUGACCGGAGGGCAAGAGCAGUGCAAGGCUGACGGCGCCACGAGCGGCGAGGCUCCUGAGGCGGCGCCGGCGCCCAAGACCGCCGGCGCACCGGCCUUGCCGCACCACCGGCGAUCCAAGAGUGCUUCUUCUGGCAGGAAUCUGGAGACGUGCGACCAUGGCGGCGCCGCGGCGCAUGGCGUCGUGGAGCAACGCUUCCACCGACCACCACAGCAGAACCCGCCGGACCCGAGGAAGCCCUCUCGCGCGACGGAAGGCUCUCCGGUUCACCGCGGGAUGCCGAGGGAUCACCGGCCGAGCGCCUCGUCGCCGAACCACCGCAUGUCGCUCGAGAACGACGUUUCUCAGUUGCAGCUGCAUUUGCACCAGGAGAGGUCCAUCCGGAUCAUGCUCGACCGGGCGAUCGGCCGGGCGUCCAGCACUCUGUCCCCUGGCCAUAGGCACUUCCCAGCUCAGACAAAGGAGCUGAUAGCAGAAAUUGAAUUGCUCGAAGAGGAAAUCGCGAACCGCGAGCAGCACGUUCUCACCCUCUACAGAAGUAUAUUCGAUCAGUGCGUGUCCGGACCAUCGUCGGGGCAGAGUUCUGGCAUUUCUUCCCCGGCUCACGCGAAGAGCGUUAGUUCGAGGACAAGGCGGCGGCAGUCGAGCAUAAUAUCAAGUGCAUUUUGCUCAUCUAAGAAGCUCCCCCUCCAACCUUUUCAUAUUAUGACAACGGUAUCAGAGUCUGGGAGAACGAAGAACAUGCUCAAGACCAAGAUCAGGCAUGAGUCAUUCUCGAGCGAGACUUUGGACAUUCGUCCUGCAUCCCUUGCAUCAGACCCAAGGAAGCUACCUUAUUCAGGAAGUAGUUCUCUGGCACGUACUCUGAAAGAUCAUCUCUACCAAUGUCCAAGCAAGAUAUCUGAAGAAAUGGUUAGAUGCAUGGCCUCCAUAUACUGUCUUCUGCGCGCUGAGUCACAAGAAAAGGCUGAAAGGGCCCGCUCCCCCUUCUUGUCAAGAUCAUCAACAAGUGUCAUUCUUCCUCGGAGGGGUAACGGAGAGGAAACUAACGCAUCAAAUAACAAAAGCAUUGUGGAAGUAUGUUCAAUAUCAGUCGAAAAGAAUCAGAUGCCAGAUGUCUCCGUUGCAAUUACCCACUACAGGUUGCUUGUGGAGCAGCUUGAAAGGGUUGAUCUAAGUAUGUCAGGAACAAGUAUCAAACUGGCCUUCUGGAUCAAUGUGUACAAUUCUCUUGUCAUGCAUGCAUAUCUAGCAUACGGAAUACCAAACAGUUCUCUGAAAAGAAUGGCUAUAUUUCACAAGGCAGCCUACAAUGUUGGUGGACAUUCUGUGACCGCAAAUUCCAUCGAACACUCCUUGCUGUGCUGUAGAUCCCCAAGAAUUGGUCGUUGGUUCGAGUCCAUUCUGUCGACGGCGAUGCGGAAAAGAUGUUCCGACGAGAAGCAGCUGGUCCAGCUGAAGUUCGGCCUGCCGGACUGCCAGCCUCUGGUCCUGUUCGCAUUGUGCACGGGCGCCUCCUCCGACCCCAUGCUGAAGGUGUACACCGCGAAGAACGUGGCGGACGAGCUGGAGCGAGCGAAGCGGGAGUUCCUGCAGGCCGGCGUUGUGGUGCGGAAGUCGAGGAAGGUGUUCCUGCCGCGCCUCGUGGAGCGGUACGCCAAGGAGGCCGGCCUCCCCGUCGGCGACGGCGUCCUCGCGUGGGCGCGCGACAACGUGGACGGUCGGGCCGCGCAGGACGCCAUCCAGCGGUGCGCCGCCGGCGGCGGCGGCGGCGGCCGGCGCAGGGCGUCGCAGGCCUUCGAGUGGGUCCCGUACAACGCCAGGUUCCGCUACGCCUUCGCCAGGAGCAUGGUCGACAAGCAAGCCGCCGCGGGGAUAUUUGCCUAGAUUUGUUCUCGCCAUCGUAGGCUCGUAGCUUCAGUCGACUGUCUAGUAUAUAUGGUUUUGUGAUUGAGAGAGACGAUGAUCUGAAACUAGCAAUGAAGCUCGGAUGAGAUUUGCUAGGACUGCAUUCAGGAUACUGACUUUCGCGCAGCGGUUUCGAAGAGAGAUCGAUAAGACGAUAAGUGGCUGAUUUAGCUCAGCUGUUCACCUUCCUGACUCCAUGAUGUUGUGGAGCCUUGCACCGUAGGAGCGAUCAAAGUUCAAAACCCCUUUUGGAACUCUAGAAUUUCCUCGUAAUCCUGUAGAAUUUGAACUGCUUUGCGUGAGAACCA